UGUGUCACUUGUGGCAAUGUAUCAAAGGUAGGUAGUGUUGAUAUCCUUAGGGAGCACAUACUUCGACGUGGGUUUAGGCCUCAAUUUCAUGUUUGGGUUUGGCAUAGUGAGGAGGGAGUUUACAAAGAGAAAAGUGUUGUUGAGGACGUCAAUAAUGUGGCGGAUGUCAAUGAGGAUGUAGUUGAUCAUGUUGAUGGGUAUGAGACAUAUGAAGAGAAUGUCGAUGAGGAUGUGGAUCAUGUUGAUGAGAUGAUGGAGGGAGUCGAGAAUGAGUUAGGAAAACGUCCUCGUGUUUUUGACUUGUUGACAGAGGCUUCUCAAAAGCCUUUGUACCCGGGAUUUACAAAGUUCACCUAACUAACAGCAGUGUUGACAUUUUUCAACAUUAAGUCAAAGUUCAAUUAGAGUGACGCUUGUUUCACAAUGUUAUUAGAAGCGUUAAGUGAGAUGCUUCCUGAGGGAAAUGAACUUCCAAAGUCGACAUAUUAUGCCAAAAAGCUCAUGUAUCCUUUCGGCUUAGAGUACCAGAAGAUUCAUGCGUGUCUGAACGAUUGUGUGUUGUAUCGAAAUGAAAACGAGAACUUAGAAGAGUGUCCUAGGUGUGGGUUAUCGCGCUAGAAGCGUAAAGGGACUCAGGAUGCUAAAGGGCCCCCGGCUAAGGUAUUGUGGUAUCUUCCAAUAAUACCUAGAUUCAAGCGCUUGUUUUCUAUAAUGAAAGAUGCGUUAAAUUUGAGGUGGCAUGCAGAUAGGGUGAAGAAAGGUCACUUGCUCACACAUCCAUCUGAUUCUCCGGAGUGGAAGAGUAUUGAUAGGUUGCAUAAGACUUUGGAAGAUGAGGUUCGUAAUUUAAGGCUCGGACUGUGUACGGAUGGAAUGAACCCAUUUGGCAAUCUUAGUUCUCAACAUAGUACUUGGCCGGAACUUUUAGUGAUCUAUAAUUCGCCACCUUGGUUGUGUAUGAAGCGUAAGUACAUUAUGCUUUCGCUUCUUAUCUCGGGUCUUAAACAACCUGGCAAUGACAUAGAUGUAUAUAUUGCACCUCUCGUUGAGGAUUUGAGAAAGAUAUGGGAUGAAGGCGUUUCAGUGUUUGAUGCAUAUGCUAAUGAGGAGUUCACCUUGCGUGCAAUGCUUUUAUGCACCGUUAAUGAUUUUCCGGCAUAUGGAAAAUUACGGGGGUAUAAGAACAAAGGGAAGAAAUCAUGCCCAAUAUGUAUCGAUGACUUGGAAUCUACGUGGAUUCCUAAGUGCAAAUACGUAUUCAUGCACCAUCGAAAGUUCCUCCCACGAGACCACCAAUAUCGUAAGAAGAAAAAGUUGUUCAACGGGGAGGUUGAGGACCGUGUAGCUCGUCGACCAUUGACCGGUUAUGAGGUUUAUGAACAGGUUAAGGGAUUUGAGACUGUAUUUGGUAAAACGGGGCAAGUGCAAGAGGGUGAAGACCGAUUAUGGAAAAAAGAAGCAAUCUUUUGGAAGCUUCCAUAUUGGAGAGAUCUACAAGUUAGGCAUUGUCUUGAUGUUAUGCAUAUAGAGAAAAAUGUAUGUGAUGCCAUACUCGGGACUCUCAUGAACAUUCCGGGUAAGACAAAGGAUGUUAGGGCCAUGCGAGAUUGGUUUGAAUGUAAGGGUCUUCGUCCGGAGUUGUGGGCACAUGUUAAGGUUAGUAAGAAAAGAAAUAGAGCUGAUGAAGUUUGAACAACUCUCUAUGGAAUGAUACUGUGAAUCUUUUGCACAUCGAGAGCGAUGAGGACAAGAAGAAUGUGUUUCUUUCAGCUGUUGCUGAAAGAUUCAGAGAUUUCAAAUCCAAGCUAGUAAAUCGCUGGAUUACGAAGAGGCGUGCCCGUACGACCAAAAAGGUCAAAACGAAAAACGAAGGUGGAGAGCAAGCACCUUCAAAGAUGCCCUACGAAAUAUGGGGUCACAUAUCGAAGAGAGAUUGGGAGGCCUUUGUUGCCAAAAGAACAACUCCGAUAAAAGUUGAAAAGCAUGGUAAAUCUUCUGAUUAUGCAAGCAAAAAGAAGUUUUACCAUCGCUUGGGCCAAAAAACGUACGAUGAGGUUCGAAAAGAGUGGGUGGAUGCGGGUUUAUACCCCAAUCAAAGUUCAUCCAUGCCCUCAUCUACGACUACCUCCGUAUCCGUGAAUACUCCUGCUGGAGAUCGGGUGCGUGAUUGGUAUUGCGGGCUUCAUUUCUGAGAUGCAAUUGGUAAAUUUACCUUUAUUGAUCCGAGAACGAAGAAGGUUGCUGAUGUUGUGAUGGGCUGGAAGGAAAAAGAAGCUACGGAGGACCCCAAGAGGAAAUGUUGACGCAUUGCAUAUGGUCUUAGGGAAAGACCACAGUGAGCGGGUAGUCGGAAAAAGAGGCGUCAGCGUGGGGUUACAGAAGGCAUUCGACAAAGAGUGUGUUGCUACUCAAUCCCGAAUGACGCUGCGGGAUGAAGUAGCAACCCUCCAAGGAGAGAUUACGAAGGACGUUCUUGCCAAUCUGGCCGUCGUGUUGCAGAAGAUGGGAGCACCCGUUGUUGACUUAGCAAACCUGAUUGUCGAGGAUCAGGAAAGUCAACAUGGGGAUCCUAAUGCUUCGGUCGAGCCAACAUCCGAGCCCAUUACCCCCGUAGCACCCCUGCCCAUUACUUUCCCUGAAGGGGAAAACCCCACACCGGAGACCAUAAACUCCGUUGCUUAAAAUCCGGAGCCAGUGCUACAGGAGGCGACUCCUUGUUCUCUUUUGCUGCCUCAGUUAGGUGUUGCUAGUGAUGGCGAUUUAACUGAGGUUGCAUAUGGUGUGGCCCAGCCAACCAAAGAGGGCCAAACAAUGCAUUCGAUGCCUGUUACAAGUGGUCACAUCAGUGUGACCUUGGAAACUAUUGUAAAGGGGUUUGAAGAUUUCUCACUCCCGGUUCCAAUGCCAACAUGGAGCCUUGAGAAACUAUCAGACGCCCUAGGUAGUUUCGUCACAUGGCCAUAUGCAUGGGUCCGAUUCACUAACAUGCAAAAGAGUCCAAAGGGAUCUUGGAGAAAGAUCGGUUCCUCAGCAAAGGUGGCGACUGGGUCAAAGUCGAUGCCAAGCACUCUAAUUUUGACUGAUGCGGAGCUAAACGAUCUCUCUCAAGAUUGCAAAUGGCUGCACACUUGUGCAUCUCGCCUGCGUGAGGAGGACCCAAUCAUUCUAAACCUGCAGAAGGACCAAUUCUGCUUUUUAGAAAGCCCGUUUGUAAUUAUUGGUCCUAAUGACAUUGGGCAAUUUUUGAGAGGAGAGAUGCUGAACGUAGCUCUUAUCCAUGUCUACAAGAGGUGAUGCUCAAUAUCUUACAAGUUAGGCAUUGUUGUUUAAUUGUUUUAAUAACCAAAUUACUAACAAAAUUUUCUUAUUCGUGAGAUUAGUGCGGCUUACGAGUAGUUAAAUUCUUGCGAACCUCCAAUAAAAAUUGGAUGGUUUUGUCCAGAGUCGAUUUCGGGUACUAAAUGUGUAAAUGAUCUAGAUGACGUCAGAGCAUACAUUGAGACUGCUUUGACUAAUUCCCUUGUAUCUAAACACACGUUCAUUCUGCCUCCAUAUAUGGAAGAGUAAGUUUUAUUUUUGAAAUUGAACUUAUCUUUUGAUUUUUAAAGUCACAUAAUCUCUAAUUUGUAAAUUUUAAAUUUGCGUUUGUAAUUUGCAUUGGAUACUUUUGGUCAUAUGUCAUUUAACGAACACUGUGCACAUCUUCGACUCAUUACAAAAACCUCAAAGCCCGCCUCGCAAUACAAAAGUCAAAGCGUUAUUGAAUGCGUACGUAAUAUGAAUUAU